CAAUCUUCCACUUUCACUCUUUCAAUCUCAUAUAAUACUCCUCAAUUCCUCUUUUCCAGAUGUCUCCCUGCUCUGGUGUCCUCCGCAAUCCCGCCCUCCCAAUUCGCUCCCGGGUAGCCUUCUCUCUCAAUCAAGCCGCAAGAUCAUCAUCCCGACCCCACCACCUCCGGCACCAACAACACCACCGCCCCUAUUCCUCCUCUUCUCCCAACUCCUCGCAAUCCAACCGCUCCCAAUUCAAAAUCCUUCCAUUCCUAGCAAUCAUCGGCAUUGGCUCUGGAUCCUACAUCUUCCUCGUCAAGUCGCGUACCGGCAUUCACAAACCGAAACCCGACUCUCAAUCUCCUGAUUCCUAAAUUACCCUACACCCCCCCCCCCCCCCC